AUGGGGCUGGUCUUGUGGCUGGGCAGAGCCCUGCAGGGGCUGAGGGGCUGGGGGAAGAGCCCGGCACAGCAGUCUGGGGGCAGGUGGCCCCGGCAGAUGCGCCAGCCGGAGGAGGCCAGCAAGGCACGGGAAUUAGCCCGCAGCGCCAGUGGCUUCAUGCUGGGCAUGGCCCUGGCCAGCCUGUAUGGAGCUCUGGUGCUGCUGGCACAGGGCCACAACGUUUGGUACUGCCUGGUCACCACCACGAGCCUGGGUGCGGGGCUGGGGCUGGGCAUGGCCUUCUCUGUCAAGGUGCGGGUCACUGUGCUGCUAUCGCUGCCCCACAUCUUCACCAGUAAGCAGCUGUUGGUACCGCUGCUGGAAGCCAGGGGAGUGCCAGGGGGGUGCCAGAUCCCAGCUGAGCCCCAGGACCCCCCUGUCCUUGCAGGGGAGGGGAAGAUGCUGCUGCUGCUGCUGGCACUGGGCAUGGCCAUGCAGGGCCCCUGCACCAACAUCCUGCACAACUUCUCCCGGGCCGCCGAGUCGCUGUCGUGUGGGGCCGAGCUCGCCCUCAACCAGACAGCCGAGCGGCUGCAACACGCCCAGGAGCCACUGCUGAACGUGCUGUCCAAAAUCAAGGACAUCGCCCAGAAAGCCAAGGUGGUGGGCGACCAUGUCCGCAAGUUCUUCCGCUCCAUUAUGGACUCCGUCAGCCACGUCGGUGAGCGGGGGUCCCCGAGGGUCUCCCCAUCUCCAGCACCCCCCCAUCCUGCUUUCAGUCUAUCCCUGUCCCCGUUGCUUGCUGCCUGUCCCUCAACGCUUGCUCCCUGCCCACAGCCCGAGCCCUGCGCAAUGUCUGGCUGUGGCUGGCGAACAUGGGGAGAGUGUGCAACCACGAGCUGGGCACGCCGUACCGCCGCUGCCUGCACCUCUUCGACGAGGCCAAGGACAACUGUGAGCGCGCCAUCCCCUUCCUCUUCUUCCUCUGCUACGUCAUCAUCAUCUUCAGGCCCCUCUGUGGUCUGGCCAAUGGUGAGUGGGUCCCUGUCCCUCUGCAGCAGGGGUGGGAGGUGGCGGGGUGGACCCAUACCCACCACAGGGGGCCUACCCUGGCAGAGACCCCUCCUCUCCGCAGUUGCCCUCCUCUUCUGCAUCAUCCCGCAGUACAUCCAGUCCUUCCUCAAGAGGAAAAUCGGAGACCCCCUCAGGGACGCUCUGGACCGCGUCCACCGGGAGUUCGAGUUCAACAUCUCAGCUGUGCACCGCUUCGACAUCAGCCUCAAUGCCAGCAAGAGCCUGGGGGAGGUGGCCCUGGACAUCAUGGAGGGCGUGCACCUGCGCCUGGAGCCCAUCCGCCAGGUCCUGGGGCUCUUCAUGCACGUCUCCUUCUGCGCCAUUCUCUACAUGUACCUCCAGGCGCUGCGGUACCGUCACCGAUACCUGUGGGAUGACACCUUUGACAAUGUUUACAUCACACGGCGCUUCGUGGAGCUGGAUCUGUGGCGGGCGGAGCAGGGCAAACCUACCGUGCUGCCCCUGACAGGCUGGGAGAGCGGCCGCUACAUCGCCCCAGGUCAGCCCCAUGCCCGGGGGAGCAUCCCCCAGGUGAGCCCUGCAGCAAGGAGCCGGGGGGUCCCGGCACCGCAUGGCCUUACGGCGCUCCAUGCCCGCCCAGCCGGGCUGUGGCUGUCACGGCAGGAGCGGCGACGAUACGGGCUGCAGCUGGUGGGGGUCCUGCGCCACGUGCUGCUGGGGCUCAGCAUUGUCCUGGCCGACUACAGCCUCUUCUGGCUGCUUGACCUGGUCCAGCACCAGCUGCGGGGGGAGAUCGUCGCCAGGGCGCCGGCGGUGCUGGGUGUCAGUGUCAACGGGACAGGCUACACCAGCGAGAUCUUCCGGGACUUGGUCUCUGCCUUCGGUGUGCUGCAGCAGGGCAACAUCUCAGUGCUCUCCCAGCGCUGCCUCCUCCAGCCCGUGGAGCCCGACUACAGCACCUACCUCAGCAUGGGUGACUGGGGCUGCUGCAACCUCAGCGUGCUAGGUAGCGGGGGGACGGUGAAGGGGGGGUCACCCCUGUGUGACUCAUCCUCUUCCCACCAGGACUCCUGUAUGGCAUCUGCCUCUUCAUCGCUGUCUUCGGCAGCUAUGUGGCACGCCUGCGCCGGGCAGUGUGUGCCGCCUACUACCCAUGCCGCGAGCAGCACCAUCCUGGCACGGCGGGCAGGGCUGGCACGUGCCCUGCGCCAAGCUGCCAUGCAGCGUACGGCCGAUGCCGGGCAAGGCAACCUGCUCCUCUUCCUUACCUCCAGGCUGCCUACCUUUGCCUGGCUGGUUCGGCUCUUGGGCAUCCAGCAGAAACGCUGCCUGGCCUGUGGGAUGGCAGAGCAGCCAGAUUUCAUCGCAUGCAUCACACCCAGCUGCAAAGGGUUGUAUUGCAGUGAGUGCUACCAAACCCUGACCAACAUCUGUUCUGUCUGCAUGGGCCCCCUGAGCUACCGGGACACUGGGGAUGAGGAGAUGGACUCCAGUGACGAGGACACAGUGGUGCUGUGGCUGGGAGCUGUGCAGGCGCUGCGGGGACAGGAGCAAGGGCGGCUGCUGCAGCAGCACAUCCGCAAAGUGGUGGGGGGCCGGGGAGGCAGCCGGCGGCUGCCCCCUGAACUGGCAGCCCGGCUGCGAGCUCAGCUGAAGGAGGAGGCAAGCGGGGAGAGCGACGGGGGCAGCAGUGGGGUGGAUGGUGAGGACAGCUCGCUUUCCAGCCUGGACUUCAGCUACCAGGAGCAGCCUGAGAGCAGUGGCAGCGAGCUGGAGGAGGUGAUGGCCCUGCAGCUGCCCAGCAGCAAGGGCAGGGCCCGGUGACAGCAGGAUGGUGCCACGCGGCAGCGAGGAUGUGGGGCCAGGCUCUGGGGUCACAGCUGGAGCCUGAGCAGCGUGGUGGAAGCCGGGAGCUGCUGGGGCGGCUGGGGAGGGGCUGGUGAAUAAAGCAUCCGGUCUUCAAGGCACCAGCAUCCCAGUGCCUGGAGCUGGCAUCCAGCCCCCCACGGUGGUCCCGACCUCGUGGUGCCCCCAGCCCCGUGCUGCCUCUGGCUCCAU